GUCUGAUGCACUAUGCAAUUCCCCGCGUGGCGGGUAAACAGCAGCCGCCGGCGUUUUCAGCGGAGGGCAAGACCUGGGCUGCGGGGAGUCUGCCUCCUUCUCUGCGUGGCAGCCCUAUGGCCACGGAAGCCUGCCUCGUUCUUCGCGCCCAGCUGUGCGAACGAAGGCAAUGGCAGUAGCAACGCUACGGAAGAAACUGGCCCAGUUCAGGGACCGAAGAGUCAUGAGGCUUUACCCGACGAGGUGGAACCCUUUCGCUACGCCUUGGAGCUGACCCUGGACCCUGAGAGGUCAAGCGCCUUCAGUGGCAAGGUGAGCAUUAGUUUGAAUGUGACCCGAGAGACCUCCAGCAUCAUCUUCAACGCGCGCGACUUGACCCUGGGGUCCAUCAAGUUGCUGACCACCGAUCCAGGGCGCGCUGCGACCUUGCAUCCCUUGGAGGUCUUGAAGGAUGCCAAGUUCCAGCGAGUCACUUUGCACUUCAAAGACGUCUUGCAACCGGGACUCGCUGUGCUUCGGAUCCACUACACCGGAGAAAUGGGCAAGGACAUGGCAGGGCUAUACAGCAGCAGAUACAAGGGCCCUGAUGGUUGGAAAACCAUGGCGCUGACCCAGUUCGAAGCGGUGGAUGCACGGAGAAUGUUGCCCUGCUGGGAUGAGCCCAGCAGGAAAGCCGUGUUCGCGCUCGGUGUCGUGAUCCCUUCAGCCCUCACGGCAGUUUCGAACAUGCCAGCUGCGUCGGAAACCACGUUGGAACGUCAACGGAGGAGGAUUGUCUUCCUGGACACCCCAAGGAUGUCCAGCUAUCUUCUCGCACUUGCAGUUGGUCGCUUCGACACCAUCCAGGCGCAGACCGUCAAUGGGACCUUGAUCCGAGUGUUGACCAUGCCCGGCCAAGCUGCGCAGGGGCAGUUCGCCCUGUCUGUGGCUGCCAGGGCCCUCAGCUACUAUGAGGACUACUUUGGAGUUCCCUUUCCUUUGCCCAAACUGGACAUGCUGGCAGCCCCGGAUUUCGCAGCUGGUGCCAUGGAGAAUUGGGGCCUGGUGAUCUACCGCGAGGUGGACCUGCUUUGCAAUGAGACCACUGUGGGAGUUGCAAGGAAGGUUCGAAUUGCCACCGUGGUCACGCACGAACUGUCACAUAUGUGGUUUGGAAAUUUGGUGACGAUGGAGUGGUGGGAUCAGCUUUGGCUAAAUGAAGGUUUUGCCAAUUGGAUGCAGACUCAGGCGGUUGAUGUUCUCUUCCCUGAGUGGCAUAUCUGGGAGCAGUAUGUGGUAGAAGAACAAAGUCGUGCUUUGCAGCUGGACGCUCUGCGCAGCUCUCAUCCUGUGGAGGUUCCGAUUCGACACGCCAAGGAGGUGGACGAAGUGUUUGAUGCGAUUUCCUAUUGCAAAGGUGGCUCAGUGGUGCGCAUGGUGAACGGAGUCCUUGGGAAGGAGCUCUUUCGCGAAGGCCUGGGUUUGUACAUGCGUCGCUUUGCCUACCGAAACACAGACUCCUCUGAUUUGUGGUCCUGUUGGGAGGAAGUUUCAGGAAUGCCUUUGCAAGACAUGAUGAGUUCCUGGACCCAACAGCAGGGUUUUCCGGUGCUCAUCGUGAAUCGUUCUGCGCCAAAAGGAGGUGGCCUUGCUUUGCAACAGCGCUGGUUCCUGGCGGAUGGCAGUGAGGAACCGGAGGACGCCAAGAAACUUUGGCACAUUCCCCUUCUUCCAGGCCCCGACUCUCAGAGAAAGCAGAUGGUGAUGGAUACACCAGAGAUGCUUUGGGAGCCACCUGGAAAAGCUGAGGGGGCUUGGCUAAAAUUCAAUUUCGGCCAAGUGGCCCCCUACAGAGUCCUCUACGACUCCAGCCUCUUGCGGCCGCUGGCCACAGCCUUGAGGGCGGGCCAUGUGAAUCCCUUGGAUCGCAUCGGCUUGUUGUUGGACGCCAUGGCAUUUGCAAAACAAGGUCGUUUACCAAUGACGGAGCUCCUGCGGCUGGUGUCGGCCUACAAAGGGGAGAAAAGCGCCCAUGUUUGGCAAGCUCUGUCAGACGUGCUCAGUAGCCUCCACCGUAUGGCCGCCUUUGUUGGGGACACCACCUUGCAUGAAGCCGUGGGCAACGGCAUGCUGCGCGAUGCACUGCAAGAGGUGGGCUUGGCCAUCAGCGCUUCAGAGACUGAUUUGACGCGUCACAAGCGCGCCUGCAUCUUGAGUCUCAUGGCCAUGUAUUUGCCGCAUGACAAGGGCUUGGCUGAGGAGGCAACAUCACGGUUUCAGCGCUGGUUGGAUGCGCCGGAUCGACAGGAUGUACUGCCCGAUGACCUCAAGACGUCGAUGUUCAAGAUCGUUUUGGCCAACGCGGAGACGGAUGCGCCCUACCACGCCCUAAGGCGAGUUGCCAGGCGUCCCGACAUCCCGCAGGCGGUACGAUUGAGCAUCUACACUGCCUUGGGUUCCGCGACCCGACGUGAUCUUCGGCUAAAGACCUUGGACAUGGCGCUGGGUGGCCGCAAUGGCGUGCGUCUGCAGGACAUCAUGUAUCCAGUGCAGGGCGUAUCUUCAGAUCCCGACGGUGCGCGAUUGGCCUGGCGUUGGUUUAUCCAACGGCGGAGGUCUAUCAUUGCGCGGCUGAAGGGCGCCAGCGUGAGACUCUUGGGCCUGGUCAUCCAGCUAGCUGCUGGAAGUGUGCCCGACAAGGGCCACGCCAAUGCCGUGGAGGCGUUUUUCCAGCAACAUCCAGUGCAGGGUCUUGAGAGAAGUAUCGCCCAGGUGGUGGAGAGUAUUCGCACGGAUGCGAAAUUCGUUGUCAGGCUGGAGGAUGCCAUGCAAGAUGAGGAGAUGAAGGAUUUACUACUGAGUUUCGAACUCUGAGCCCCAGGGUGUCACGCCCCGAACCGGGAUCCACUCAGGCCCCCCUCGGCGGGUGCCAUCCCGACCAAAGCUGUGGGAUGAGCCAGUGCGAGUUGUGGGCAGGGCACGGCACAGUGGAAAA